UGUUCCUCAGUACCACACUGUAGUAAGAUAGUUAUAGAAGCCUCGUUCCAUUUAUUUUAUAUCAUUAAAUACAUUAUAAAAAAAAUUACUUAAAAAAUCAAAGUAGCCAUGAAAGUUUAAACAAAUAUUUUUUUUUAAUAAAAAAAAAUAAAAAAUAAACAAAGAAACGAUAUAUAUUUUUUAAGUUGCAAAUAUUUAUAAAUAUUAAAAAUAUGUCAAAAAAAGACGAAGUUCAAGAAGAAGUUCCAGAACGAGGAUCAUGGGCUAAUAAAACGGAAUUUAUACUUUCAUGUGCAGGUUAUGCGAUUGGAAUUGGUAAUGUGUGGAGAUUUCCUUAUUUAUGCUACAGAAAUGGAGGAGGUGCAUUUUUAAUACCAUAUCUUUUGAUGUUAUUUCUUUGUGGAAUACCAUUAUUUUUUAUGGAAUGUUGUAUGGGACAGUUUGGUGGUACUGGAUGCAUAACAAUGUUUCGAAUGAGUCCAUUAUUUAAAGGUGCUGGUUUUGCAAUAGUCAUUGUUAAUUUAAUUUGUACAAUGUAUUACAAUGUUAUUAUUGCUUAUCCAUUGUUAUUUAUAUCAAUGUCAUUAAGAAGCAAACUACCUUGGGAAGACUGUGAUAAUCCAUGGAAUACACCAAGUUGUCUCAAGAUUGGUGAUAUUAGAAGUACAAACAAAACGAGUCAAAUUGAAGGAUUACUAGAAAAAGUAAGCACUCCAGCAGAAGAAUUUUUCAGUCGUCAUAUACUUCAAUUGUCACCGGGAAUUCAUGAAAUGGGUGGAAUAGUUUGGCCUUUAUUUAUAUGCAAUCUUAUAUCAUGGAUAAUUGUCUUUCUUUGCAUUUGUAAUGGCGUCAAAAGCGUUGGAAAAGUUGUAUAUUUCACUGCAACAUUUCCAUUUGUCAUACUUUUUAUUCUACUGAUAAGAGGUGUAACACUACCUGGUGCAAUUGAUGGUAUAUUAUUUUACAUAACUCCAAAAUGGACUCAUCUUGCAAAUUUACGUGUCUGGGCCGAUGCAGCGGUACAAAUAUUUUUUUCACUUGGACCUGGAUGGGGUGGAAUUGUUAAUAUGGCAAGCUAUAAUAAAUUUCGAAAUGAUAACAGAAUGGAUGCAAUUUGGAUACCAAUUUUAAAUUGUGGAACAAGUAUAUUUGCUGGAUUUGUCGUAUUUUCAGUACUUGGAUUCAUGUCACACAGAACUGGAUUACCAGUUGCUGCGGUUGCAACUGGAGGACCAUCACUUGCUUUUGAAACUUAUCCAGAAGCAUUGACAAUGCUGCCAUUUCCUCAAGUAUGGUCAAUUUUAUUUUUUGCAAUGUUGUAUUUUCUCGGGAUGGACAGUUGUUUUGUUCAAAUUGAAGCAAUAAUAUCCAGUGUAACUGAUGCAUAUCCUCAUUUGAGAAAAAAAAAACACUUGGUAGCCAUGGUGUCAAUGUUUGUCCUUUUUCUCGGUUCAAUAGUUUUUGUAACAAAUGGUGGAAUGUAUCUUCUCCAACUGUUCGACUGGUAUGCUGCAUCAAUUUCAGUUAUUUCAAUUUGUCUCGCUGAGGUCAUUGUUGUUGGAUGGACAUAUGGGUGUGACAAUUUCGUGAGAGAUGUUGAAUUUAUGCUGGGAAAAAAAUUGAAUCCUUGGUGGCCAAUUUGCUGGAAAUACAUAACACCAACAAUAUUAACGUUUAUUUUUAUAACAACAAUAAUCUUCAAUACAAGAAUAACAUACAAUGGAGUUCAGUAUCCUGAUUGGGCUGUUGGCAUUGGAUGGUGUUCAGCACUAGUCAGCAUGCUUUGCAUACCUGGAUAUGCACUAUAUUUUUUGAUAAAAAAAAAAGGUACACUUAGGGAAAAAUUGAAGAUUGGUUUUAAUCCAACCUCUGAAUGGGGACCACAAAAACAAACUGACAGAGAAGAUUGGAAAAAAUAUUUAGCUGAAAAUACAAAAACUUGUGAUUCAUCAAAUGUUGAAAUAAUUAAAUUAACAAGUCUAUGAAUGUUUUAUUAAAAAUUAUUAAAUAAUAAUAAAUUAAUUAUUUUAUUUAUGAUUGUCAAUUGUUAAUUAUACUUAAAUUAAUCUAAAUUCAAGUCGUAUCAUUUACAAUAACCCAAAAUUCAUGUAAUCAUUUAAUAUUAAUAAAUUCAAAAAAAAAAAAAUAAAAAAAAAUAUAUAAAAAAAUAAUAAAAACUUAGAUAAAAAAAAUGACAAA